AGACAGUUGUAUCGGUUCAGUUUUAUGUGAAGAAUUCUGGUGCGAAGUUUCGCCUCCAGACAGAGAUCAGAGUGAUCACAUCGAGAGAGAGAGAGAGAGAGAGCUCUUAAACCAAACAUCCUCAGAGAUGAUAUAUUUAUGAAAAUAGUUGCUCCCUCUUUCUCUCUUUCGAAGUUUUCUCUCUGGGAAUUAUCGUAUUACCCCAUUUUUCUUUCUGUCUUUAACGAUAAGGUACCUGGUUUUAUCAUUUACGUUAGUUUUGUUAAGAGAAUAAAGCCUUUUGCAAGAGAGCCGUUUUGAGGGAUCCGAGGAGGCCAAUUGUGUUGUCGAUCGAUACGUUGCCAUAAGAACAGGGUUGAAAUUAAGAAUUCGUGGAAAGGACAGGCAGAGAAUUGAUACUAUAAGAGGCAGAUCUUGGAAUUUAAUGGGAAAGAUGGACAGCAUCCGUGAAGUAUCUCCCGUAGUUUCAGAGAAAAGUGUUCCAGUAGCACCUCCAUUGCCUAGUCCAGCAACAACCAUUUAUUAUCAGAAGGUAUUAGCGAGUAAUGGAUCGAAGUUAGGAGGAUACAGCCGUGUCUCAACAGCAACAAAAGAUUUGUGGGAGCGCCUGUUUGAUGAAGGUUAUCGAGCUGAUGUUACCAUCAAUAAUGACGAUGGUGGCAUCAUCUAUGCGCAUGCUAGCAUCCUUGGCAUGGCUUCUCCUGUGAUGAAAGGCAUGUUAAAGAAAUUGAAAGGCCAAGGUAGGCAGCGAUCAAUUGCAAUCCGGGGCGUUCCACACGAUGCAGUUCGAGUUUUCAUUAGAUUCUUGUACUCUUCCUGUUAUGAGAAAGAAGAAGUGGAGGAAUUUGUCUUGCAUUUGUUGGUGCUGUCACAUGCAUUCGUGGUUCCUCAGUUGAAGCAAGAGUGUGUGCGACAACUAGAGCAGGGUUUACUUACCAUAGAGAAUGUAGUUGACAUCUUUCAACUUGCAUUACUGUGUGAUGCCCCUCGGCUCAGCUUCAUAUGUCACCGUAUGAUUCGGAGGAACUUUACAGCUGUUUCUGCUACUGAGGGAUGGGAAGCGAUGAAGCAAAGCCACCCAAUACUAGAAAAGGAACUUUUGGGGUCUCUAAUUUAUGAAGAAAAUAAUUAUUUGCAGAGGCAAAAGGAGAGGAUCAGAAAAUUAAAUGAGAGAAAGAUUUAUUUGCAAUUAUAUGAGGCAAUGGAGGCUCUAGUUCAUAUAUGCAGAGACGGUUGUCAGACAAUUGGGCCACAUGAUAAGGAUUUUAAAGCUAACCAGGCGCCUUGUCAUUAUGCAGCCUGUAAGGGACUGGAAAUGCUGGUCCGCCAUUUUGCUGGUUGCAAGUUGAGAGUCCCUGGUGGCUGCGUUCAUUGCAAAAGAAUGUGGCAGCUAUUGGAGUUGCACUCGAGGCUUUGUACCAAUUCUGAUGUUUGUAGGGUGCCUUUGUGCAGGAACUUUAAAGAAAGAAUCAGGAGACAGAGCAAGAAGGACAAGAUUAUGUGGAGAAUAUUGGUGAAAAAAAUAUUGAGAACAAAGACCAUUUUUGGAGCACCAUUCUUUCCAUGGGAAAUUGUCAGCACUUCAUGAAAACUAGAAUAAGCUUUUUGAACUUUUUAAGUAUUUGUAAUUGUAUGUUUGUAGAGAAAAUAUUAGCCCCCAGGGCCCCAAGUUGGGGGUGUGUCUUGUUAUCUCAGUGUGAAAUUAUAAAGCAUAUAUCACUUUCCUCCAAA